AUGGCAACCGAAGAAAAUGACGAAAUCGAAGUUGAUAUGAGUGCUGAGAACAAUAUUACCAGUAUCAACAGUGAUAAUGUGGUCGAAAGCGAACAACAAAGUCAGUCUUAUUCAUCGAAACAACAUGCGGAGAUGCUGUUGAAGUUAAGAAGGGAGAAAAGAACCCGUAAAACGAAGGUAACUAAGCUUAAACAUCAAUUACAAAAAUUAUGCAGUAUAAAGGACGGAAAUAUAGACACUGCUCAAAUCGAAAAUUGCGUAAGUGAAUUGUGGGAAAUUUUAGAGGAAACACAGCUUGUAAUGGACGAAAUGAGUAGCUUGUAUUUACAGAUGAAUGAUAUGAAACUGCACAAAGAAAUUAUGCAAGAAUCAGAUACUUAG